GUCAAUAACUGUUUUUUCCACGAUGAUGUUAAAUAUGCAUGGCUGCCGAUAACAUUAACAAUUAUUUGGAGUUCUCUACUCAAAUCAGAUUAAGCGUGCGGUGUGGGCGCAAGCUGGCAUGUUCGAAAUUAACUAUACGUGCGUAAGAGCUCAAACCGAGACCGCCGCAGGCCAACCAACAAAAUAUGAGUGUUAAAUAAUAAAUUCUUAAUAAACGCAUACGCUUAACGAAACUUGUAACCAAAAUAUGCUUUCCUAAAUAAGUGGUAUUGCGUGUCAUAGAAAAGGCAAUAGGCAGUUUUGUGGCAUUGAUAAGGUUAAGGUGAUUUUAUUUAGACUCAAGGUGUCUGUGUGUAACUGUGUUGUGAUCGGUAUACGAUCAAAUGAAGUACAUGAUGGUAUUAAUGGAAGAACAGUGAAUGGCUAUCCAUUAGGAUCUACUUCACAUGAGAACGAAAUGGCCUUUAGAUUACCAAGACCACUGGAAAAUGGUGAUAAUAUAAAAAUUGAGGGAAUAAUAAAAUCAGAUGACAGACAAAAAUUUCGCAUGGCAUUGACCACGGGAGACAAUUAUAUAGACAAACAUAAUAUAGCCUGUGAGGUAGAAGCAGAUUUCCUCAAUAAUCAAUUUGUAAUACGAACAGUAGUAAAUGGGCAAAUAUAUGAUAAAAUUCUAGACUCUUCAAGAGGAGAUCCUUCACCUACAGAUAUGUUUCCAGACUCUGUACCUGAAUUUAUACUUGAAUUCAAUGUCAACGCAGAAUAUAACCAAAUAGACAUAAGUGUUGGUAUGAGCUUUUUGUGUUCAGUUGAUCUUAAACAUAACUUGAGAAGUAUAUCACAUGUAUUGCUAAGUGAUGACAUAUUAAAUGUAAAAGAACUUUGCUUUAAAUUUAAUCAGAAUCAAUAAUAUAACCAAUUGAUUUAUGCCAUUUUUGCAUUUAGAUUAGUAUUUGUAUAAGUAUUAUAUUAUUAACCAACUUCCAAGGAAGUUAUAAAUUCAACAUGUGAUUUUUUGUACAACUUAUAUUAUGAGGUGUUUUGAGUGAGUUAUCAAUCUGUUUAUAAUUGUUAAACAGCCUUAAGUUGUUAUUACAAAGUGAUCUUUGAAAAUUAUAUAAAUUCUUUAAACUAUUCAUAUAUUUAAAAAAAAAUAUACAAUCAUGUAAAACAAUUUGUAUAUGUUAUACUCACUAUACCCAUAUAUGCAUUUUUAUACUUAAAAGUAUUAUUAAUAAAUUAUCUAAUUUAAUAAUUAUUUUGUAUUGAUGUUGAUGUAAUUUUCUAUUUAAACUAUUGGUUGGUAGAAGUUGUGUAUACCAUACAAUGUUAAAUUCUAUUUUUUUACAAAAAAAAAGUUAAAAGGCUUGAUCUACUUAUAAACAUUAUAUUUGAAAAACACUAUAUCUCAAAAUGCUAUAAAAGUUAUAAGAUUAAUUAAAAUAGCCUCAACCCUACUAAUUUUGUGCAGUUAAAUCCCAAUUUUCAGAUAUUUUUAUUGUCUUUGUUUUUGUGUAUGGUUUGGUUAUGGAAACUGAAGCAUUUUAGUCUUUAUUUUAAUCUGACAAAAUAUUUGAAAUAUUACCAAACCAAGCAAUGAGCGAAUAUUAGUAACAUUUAGGUCAUGUAUGAUUUCCAAAUUGUUUUUUUAUUUUCGUAGCUGCAAAAUUACGUGGCUUCAAUAAAAAAAGGUUUGAUAAGUUUUUUUGUUAAAUUAAAGUUUUAUGAAUUAAGUCUAGAUUUUUAGGGAAUAUAGUACACAAUAUUAGCUUAAAUUGUUGACUAAACUGAAUGUUACAACAAGGCUUGGGUAAUUAUUCUUCUCAGAUAAUGUUACAAAAUUAUAGAGACCUUUUACUAAAACACUCCCACCAGUAUUUAGUAAUUAUUUAUUGUAUGGAUUAAAUGAUUGUAUGAUGUAA